AUGGGUUGUUGUAUGAGCCAAGAAGAAAAGGAAGGAAGACGCAAGAACGAUGAGAUUGAAAGUCAGCUUAGACGAGACAAGAUGUUAAUGCGAAAUGAGGUCAAAAUGCUUUUGCUUGGCGCCGGCGAAUCAGGCAAAUCUACCAUUCUUAAACAAAUGAAACUAAUUCACGACGGUGGUUAUUCCCACGAGGAAAAGGAAUCCUUCAAAGAAAUUAUCUUCUCCAAUACUGUUCAAUCAAUGCGAGUAAUUCUCGAAGCCAUGGAAACAAAAGGCAUUCCGCUCCGCAACGAUUCUAACAAGAACCAUGCAGCAGUCAUCCUCAAUCUUCCAUCCCAGAUCGAAGGCGACCAUCUUCCGCCCGACGUAUCUGCUGCAAUAAAAACGCUGUGGACGGAUGAUGGUGUUCAGCAAUGCUUUGCACGUAGUCGGGAAUACCAAUUGAACGACUCGGCAAAAUAUUAUUUUGAUAGUAUCGAUAGGAUCGCUCAGCCGGAUUACCUACCGACCGAUCAAGAUGUAUUACGAUCUCGUGUCAAAACCACAGGCAUUACAGAGACAACAUUUUUAAUUGGGGAGUUGACAUACAGGAUGUUUGAUGUCGGUGGUCAAAGAAGCGAGAGGAAGAAGUGGAUCCAUUGUUUCGAAAAUGUAACGGCUAUUGUAUUUUUGGUUGCCAUUUCGGAAUAUGAUCAAUUGCUUUUGGAAGAUGAGAGUGUGAACCGUAUGCAGGAAGCAUUAACACUCUUUGACUCAAUUUGCAACUCCCGAUGGUUUGUAAAAACAUCAAUCAUUCUCUUCCUUAACAAGAUCGACCGCUUCAGAGAAAAACUUCCCAUAUCCCCCAUGAACAAAUAUUUCCCCGACUACGAGGGUGGUAAUAACUAUGAUGCUGCAUGCGAUUAUAUUCUCAACCGAUUUGUGUCGCUGAACCAGAGUGACGUUAAGCAAAUUUAUACACACUUUACAUGUGCCACGGAUACUCAGCAGAUUAAGUUUGUUAUGGCUGCGGUAAAUGAUAUUAUUAUCCAGGCUAACUUAAGAGAUUGUGGUUUAUUAUAA